GCGCGCUGCAGGUUUGCGUAAAGAGUAAACAACUCCGAUAAAAGCGAACAAAACUUCCCCUCAUUUGUUAUUUUGUUACUAAUACGGUUCACAAGAACCCCACAGACACAUUACUCGACGGAGACACAAUAAUUAGAGCUCUAUGGCCUUGCAGUCAACACCCAAAGCUGGUCAUCAUCACCACUCAUCAGCAAAGGUGCCAGAUGAUGGUUUCAAUUCAACAGAUGAAACACUGUUAUUUGUUAGCCUGGAUGACAGUAAUGAACAACAAAGCGAGGACUCGGGUAUUGAAGUCUCAAAAACCUCGACUAGAAGUUCGCUGGGCAUCAGUACAAUGGAAGAAGCUGCCGUGAUGGCGCCCAUAAGUUCACGGAUAGAAGUGGUUGGGAAGAAAGCACAGGACCUUAUUGAGAGAAUCAACGAGAGGCGAGCCAUGGACCAGCAUGUGAUGAACAGCUUUGAGGAAAAGCUCAUUAAAAAGGUGAGUGAGAUGUGUCAACAGGUGAAGGAGCAGAUGUUUGAGUAUUAUGAGCAGUACAGUCAGGGCAUGGAGGCCAGCAUCGCUGAGCUGUCGGAGGUGCUGGAGAGAAGCAGUCGGAUGAGUAUGGAGCUACAGGGAGCCAGUCAAACCCUAGCCGCCAUCAAUAAAGGCCUGCAGCACAGCACAGAGCAGUAGAUGCACUACCAAACCAAUCAAACUGUGACGGAGCACACUAAUGACUUGUGGUUCACACAGACAUCAGAUUAACGUUUAAUUUAACUUACAACUUGAAUUUAAGGGGGAGCUGUUCAAACAUUUACAGUAGUAUGUUAAAGAAAGUUCAAAUGCACAUCAAUAUGCUAAUUUGGUGACAUGUAUUUAAAGUAAAAUCAGUUUUUGGUGGAUUACAUGUUUCACUAUCAUUCCU